CAUCAUUCUCCUACUACGCGCCCACAACAGCUGUUUUCUAGCCUUGCUCUGAUUGCAGAGAACAUAACAUAACUCAGAAACAUUGAUUUUUACACAGACACGCACCCACGCACCACAACGCCAUGGCAGACAACACCAGCGCCCCAGUCCCCUUCUCAGAACCGCCCUGGCUCAUGGGCCUACCCAGCCCGAUCUUCAAGCCAACCCACGUCCACUGGCAGCGCACCAUCCGCGCCUUCAUCGACGAGCACCUCACCCCGCACGCCAUAGAAUGGGACAAGGCCGGCCUCGUCCCGGACCACGUCUUCGAGACCUUUGCGCGCGCCAACAUGCUCCUCCCGGCCCUCGCGCCGCCUCUCCCCGCCGACUGGCUGCACAGGCUCGGCAUCCACGAGCUCCCAGGCGGGCUCAAGGUCGAGGACUACGACUACCUGCACGGCCUCAUCUUCUGCGACGAGAUGAACCGGUGCGGGCUCGUCGGGCCGGGCGCAAGCCUGACGACUGGCAUGGCGUUUGGCGUCCCGCCCCUCAUCAAGUUUGGCAGCCCGCAGCUGCAGGAGCGGUUUCUCCCCGAGCUGCUCACGGGGAAGAAGCGCAGCUGUAUCGCCAUCACGGAGCCGGAUGCGGGGUCUGAUGUCGCGGGGAUCACGACGACGGCGACCAAGACGGAGGGGGGGGAAUCGUUUGUCGUGAAUGGGACCAAGAAGUGGAUCACGAAUGGGAUCUGGACGGAUUAUGCUACCAUGGCUGUGCGGACGGGCGAGGAAGGGUCCGGGCCAAAGGGCCUUUCGCUGCUCGUGGUGCCGCUCAAGAACUACCCUGGCGUGCGGAUGAGGAGGUUAAAGGUUGGGGGGCAGGUCUCGGCUGGGACGACGUAUAUCGAGCUUGACAAUGUAGAGGUUCCUGCCGGUAACCUCAUCGGCGAAGAGGGCAUGGGCAUGAAGUACAUCAUGACAAACUUCAACCACGAAAGGCUCACCAUCGCCGUCGGUGCUACCCGCCAGGCCCGAGUGGCCCUGUCCUCGGCCUUCGAGUAUGUGCUGAAGCGUGAAGCCUUUGGCCGUCCGCUCAUGGACCAGCCUGUUGUCCGGCACAGGUUGGCAAAGGCAGGGGCACUGCUCGAGUCCCAGUGGGCGUGGGUCGAGCAAUUUGCCUACCAGCUCACGCAGAUGAAGAAAGAAGACAGCGAUAUUGCCCUGGGCGGGCUGACGGGUCUUCUGAAGGCCAACUCGGGUAUGGUCUUGAAAGAAUGUGCGGAUACGGCGGUUUUGCUGUUUGGUGGAAAUGGAUUCACGACGAGUGGACAGGGAGAGCUGAUAGAAAUGCUCUGGAGAGAGGUUCCGGGCAUCAGGAUCCCUGGUGGCUCGGAGGAUGUUCUCCUGGAUCUCGCAAUCCGACAACUUGUCAAGCUAUACAAGGCAAAGACGGCAGCAAUAAGGAUAACCAAACUCUAA